CCUAUCAUCAUGACUUCUGAUACAGCUCCAAAGGUGAACGGUGUCAAUGGCGCCAAGGCCUUCAAUGGCGUACACUCCGUUAAACAGCCUCAGGGCGAUGUUCUGCACAUAAUUGACAGUCGAACAAGACUACACUACACAGUUGAUAUUCAACAAAAUUCCAUUAACGCAACUGAUCUUAAGGCGAUAAAAGCGCCAAAAGAUGAGGAGCAUCCUGAACACCAGAACGAACAGGGGCUCCGCGUUUAUGACCCCGGAUACUCAAACACUUUAGUCAGCGAAAGCAAGAUAACGUACAUUGAUGGCCUUGAAGGCACAAUUCAAUACAGAGGCUACUCGAUCCAUGAUAUAAUAGGUAAAAAGAAGUUCGCGGACCUCUCUUACCUACUCAUUUGGGGGCACUGGCCGUCGCCACAAGAGGCGAAAAACUACCAAGACCGUCUAAAUGAGGUUCCUCUCAUUGAUGACAAUGUUCUGAAUGUUAUUAGAUCUUUCCCAAAGAAUGGAUCUAUUAUAGGAAUGAUGAUCGCUGGGCUCAGCGCUCUUCAGUCAUCCGACAUGGAUGCAAUUCCAGCCCACGCAGCUAAGAACCUCUAUCUCGGCCAACCUGAGAAUGUCGACAAGGAAGUUAUCCGGGUACUAUCGAGUCUGUCAAUGAUCACGGCUGCUGCCUACUGCCACCACACGGGCAAGCCUUUCACUCCUCCGAGGAAGGACUACUCCUACGUCCAAAACUUCAUGUUAAUGACGGGGCUGGUAGACGAGAGCACAGGGGAGCCAAACCCGCGCUACGUCGACGUGAUCGAGCGUCUCUGGACUACCGUCGCUGACCAUGAAAUGACGUGCUCUACCGCGGCUCUGUUGCAGACUGCCUCUGCACUACCUGACAUCAUAUCAUCCUUGAUCUCCGCUAUCUCCGCCACUUACGGCCCAUUACACGGCGGUGCUAUCGAGGUUGCAUACAAGAGCAUCGAAGAGAUCGGCAGCGUCGACGACGUGCCAGCCAAGAUCGAACGCGUCAAGGCGGGCAAAGAGCGUUUGUACGGCUACGGUCACCGUGUCUAUCGCGUGACUGAUCCGCGCUUUACAUACAUUAGCGAAAUAUUGAAUGAACUGACAGAUGAGGCCUCCAAAGACCCUCUGCUACAGGUCGCGUUCGCACUUGACCGUGCAGCUGCUCAGGAUGAGUACUUCAUCUCUAGGAAACUCAGACCUAAUGCCGACCUUUUCGCUGCAUUUGCGUAUAAGGCGCUUGGAUUCCCGUCUAACUUUAUCCUUCCCAUUUCAGUUGUGUCAAGGACACAAGGUUUUGUAGCACACUGGAAAGAAGCGAUGGAGGGGAAACCCCGUAUUUGGCGCCCAGGUCAGAAAUACACCGGCAACCUAAAUAUGAAGGAAUAG